AUGUCUCCCUCCCAAGAGCUCGUCCCGCAGACCGAAUCCAUCGCCGAGGUUUAUGCCACCGACGAUGCCUCCGUCGCUUCGGUGGCGCCGGAACACCAGCAACGGUGGGCCGCGCUGAUCUCGCAGUUCAACAAGACCUACAACCACCGCCCGGACUUUGUCGCACGCAGUCCCGGCCGCGUGAACAUUAUCGGCGAGCACAUUGAUUACUCUCUGUACGAUGUGCUGCCCACCGCCGUCAGCGUCGACGUGAUCAUGGCCGUCAAGGUCGUCCCCGCCAGCGCAUCUGGCGCCACCGUCAAGAUCGCGAAUGUCUCGCCCAACAAAUUCCCCACGCGCGAGUUCAGCGUCCCCCGCGAUACGGAUAUCGAGAUCGAUCCCAAGAAGCAUGAGUGGGUCAAUUACUUCAAGGCCGGCUUGCUGGGCGCACUCAAGUUCUUGCGCAAGCAAAAGUCCGAUGGCUCGCUCGUCCCCGCUAGCAUGGAGAUCUUGGUCGAUGGCAAUGUUCCCCCCGGUGGUGGCAUCUCCAGCAGUGCCGCGUUCGUCUGCGCCAGUGCCUUGGCCGUCAUGAAGGCCAACAAUCACAACGUCUCCAAGCAGGACCUGCUGGAUCUGGCGGUCGUCUCUGAGCGGGCUGUCGGCGUGUAUUCGGGCGGUAUGGACCAAGCGGCCUCCAUCUUCUCGAAGCGUGGCUAUCUGCUCUACACCCAAUUCUUCCCGCAGUUCAAGGCGCAGCACGUCCCGAUCCCGACGGCCGCGGAAGAGAUCACCUUCCUCAUGGCACAAAGCUUCGUCACCUCGAACAAGGCUGAGACCGCCCCGCGGCACUACAACCUGCGCGUCGCAGAAUGCACCCUGGCGGCGGUGAUUCUGGCCAAGCAUUUCGGUCUUACUCUCCCCAAGGAUAACAGCUCGCUGGGAUACAGUCUCCGGAACUUCCAGCAGCAGCUGAUGACCAAGGAGGAGCGGCUGCAGGACCCACUGGAGUACCAGAUCGACUCGGUGAUCCAGGCCGUGCAGGACCUCUUGACACAGGAGCAGGGCUACACGCGUGAGGAGAUGGCUCAACUGCUGGGCAUCACCGUCGCCGAGCUCGAGUCGACCUUCCUAUCCGCAUUCCCCGUGCAAGCGGAGCGGUUCCUCCUGCGCCAGCGCGCCCUGCACUGCUUCAAGGAGGCUCGGCGCGUGCUCGACUUCACGGCGUGUCUCGCUAAAUCGUCCCAGCUUGACGAGAAGCGCAUCCACUACCUGGGCCAGCUGCUGAACGAGUCGCAAGAGUCGUGCCGCACGGCCUACGACUGCAGUGCGCCCGAGGUCGACGACAUCUGCGCCAUCGCUCGCCGUGCUGGUACCUGGGGUAGCCGGUUGACUGGUGCUGGAUGGGGCGGUUGCACUGUCCACAUGCUGCCCCAGAGCAAGGUUGAGGCGGUUACCAAUGCUCUUCGCGACGAGUACUAUCUCAAGAAGUUCCCGGAUAUCAGCGCCGAGAAACUGGAGCAAGCCAUGGUUAUCAGCAAGCCGUCCAAUGGCUCGUUCUUGGUUACGGGAGCUGCUAUUGACCAGAUCCCUCUCUAA